CUUGUCGUCCGCAAUGUUCGCCAGUUUAAUCCGCCUGGGCGAGUUCUCUCAGCCAUUCAAACGCGCCCAGUUUGGUCUUUUUGGCGGCAAGUCCAUCCAGUACGGCAACAACGUCCCCUUCUCAAAACACAAAACACGUCGGACAUGGCUACCCAACGUACAGCGAAAACGACUCGACUCUGAGGUCUUGGGCGAGAAGGUGCGGAUAAAGGUCACGACAAGAGCGUUGAGGACCAUUAAGAAGUAUGGCGGACUCGACAACUAUCUCAAGGGAACCCAGUCACAUAAACUGAGUUUCGCUGGUCUUGACCUGAAGCUGAAGAUCAAGGAUGCAGAGGCGAAAAAGCUGGCUGAAUUCCGGCAGUCUCCAGAGGGAAAGGAGGAGCUUCAACGCCAACUGAAAGCUCGGGAUCCAUGGGGAGUCAAAGUUGGCGCCAUGAAUAUUAAGCUUAAGCGCAUUGCAAGCGUGGCGCCGUCGGGAACCUUGGAGGGCGCUAGACAAGCCAGGCGCGAGGCGGCAAAGGCUUUGGGUAUCCAGGGACUGGCUAGUCCCCAGCAGACCUUCGAAUACUUUACGCAGAGGCAGCAGUGAAAACGCCCUUAUCAUACAUACAACCCGUCUGCAGUCUUAUAAUACUAAUACCAUCAUCUCUGGACCAAGUUGCG